AUGGAACAUUUUAUAAAUACAAUAAGGAUAAAAAAAGCGCAAAUUGAAGUCGAGGAUUGUGCAUCCGAAAGAUCUGGCGGACGGUCGCCGCUGUGCGCGGAGGGCGGUGGGUGGAGAGAAGUGUCACGUGGAGCUCGGGGCGCCGGCGCGGCCGGGCCGCCCGGGCUCUGCGAGCGACCCGGCCGCGGCAUUCCCCUGCCGGCAGCCGGCCGCCUCGCUAUGCGCGUCCUCGCGCUCCCCUUGGUGCCCUACGCGGCCAGUCGCCCGGCGGCCUGCGUCCCGGGCUAG